AAAAAAUUGGAGAAGUGAUGGAGAUGAAAAGUUCUAACAUUAGUGAGUCUAAGAGGAAGUUUUCAUGUAAAGGUCUAGGUGGGUUCCUUAAAGAACAAAGAGGUAGGCUAUACAUAAUAAGAAGAUGUAUUGUUAUGCUUCUAUGCUGGCAUGAUUAGACUGCUGGUUUGGUUUUGGACUACUGCUUCUCUUCUUCACCUGCAACUUACUGGAAGCUACUUCUUGUUUUCCUUCUUUUUAUGUUUCCUUUUAUUCUCUCUUUUUUUUUUUUUUUUUGAAGUUUGUAACUUUGUAUAGCAAGAAUAUGAUGAUCUCUUUGUUUCUUUGUCUUCCUUCUGCUCCAUGCUCCUUGGUUUCAUCCACCAUUCUUCUACUGUGCUCCUCUUGAAUUUAUAUGGUCAAUUUUCAUUUAUUGUCUGAAUCUAGAUUAGUUUAAUUUAAUUUUCUUUGUUGAAGAUUAAAGCCUCUGAAAAUUCAAUACUCUUCCUCAUCUUUGGGCUCAACAACUUGUAAAAAAUGUCAAAAAGCUUAAGAACUUCUGAUAACAUAUACCUUCUUUUAUUGAUCCAUAUGUUAGAGAACUGUUUGAUCUAUAAAUCCAAUAUCUAUUGCCCUCUCUUCUUUCUUUUAGCUUCUUGUGCUCAUAUGGAAACAGAUAGCUUACUAGUUUUCUCUUAGUGGUCUCAUCUUCUUCAAUGUUGGUAUGUUUAAUGAAAGCACCAUCAUCAUGUAGAUGUAAUGUAGAA